AUGUCUGAAGCGAUAUUCCAGCCAACGGACAUUGUCCUUGCCAAAGUUAAAGGCUUUUCAGCAUGGCCAGCAAUGAUUAUCCCUAAUGAACUCAUCCCAGAUAACAUCCUCAAGACCAAACCUGUGAGUGUCCACAAAGGCAAAUCAGGUAGUGAUAAAAAAGCAAAUGAAGAUAUAGAUGCAGACAUGGAAUCAGAGGCUAGAGAUCGAGAGCAAAGCGAAGAAGAAGAAGAUAUAGAGGAUUUUGGUGAGAGUGAGGCUAAUCCUGAAAAAUUUAUAAUAUACACUCCCGUUCUGAAGUUUCGUAAAAAUGAUACGUUGAAAUCGACUUACUGCGUCAAGUUUUUUUGCGAUGAUUCUUAUAUCUGGGUGAAGCCCAUGGAUAUGAAGAUUCUAACAAGCGAAGAUUGUCGUAAGUGGCUAAGCGGCAAACAGCGGAAGAAUAAGAAACUCAUACCGGCAUAUGAAAUGGCUAUGAGAGGCAAAAAUGGAAUUGAUAUUUGGGAAUUUGUGGAAUAUGGGUCUUACGGCAAGCCAGAUGAAGAGGAAUAUGUAGAGGAAGAGGAAGAAGAGAACGAACCUGAAAAAAAGGCUAUAAGGCCAACCAGGUCUUCCAGUAGACAGCGUCAGAAGCGCGCCUCAGAAACGGAAAAGAGUGAGGGCGGUAAUAGCAAUAAAAGGAAAAGAGUUACUAGAUCGACUAGGCAACAAGCGAUAGAUGCUUCAGAAGAGGAAGAGGAGGAAGAGGAGGAAAAAGUACAAGAGGCUGUUAGAAAGAGGCCGCAAAGGACCAAAACUAAGAAAGUUGUAGUAUCCAAGACUAAACCAAAUCCAAAAACAAAGGCAAAGAAAGAGAAACCUAAACCACCUAAGCCAAUCAAAUAUCAUUUUGAAGAUGAUGAAGAUUGGAGCAUUGUUGGGUUGGGCCCACAAGAUCUAUCAAUCGAAAAAACGAUGGAUCCGAUUGCGAAAAAACUGUCGCAGAAGAAAAAUCUAGAAAAGCAUGUGGAGAUUAAGCUAGAUCUGGAGGAUAAACUAGCAGGUAUCAACAAGCUCCUGUGUGAUGUCUUAUGUUCAGCCAUUAACCAGGCUGUUUCGAUAAAGGAUGAUUUCGAAAUAAUAUUAGAUGAAUUGCAGAUUGCCCUUGACACCAGGGGGUCCAGAAACGAAUUUAUAACAAUUUUCCAAUCAAAUAAUUCCCUACUGUUAAACUUUAGGAUAUUAUUUAACUUAAGAAAAAGGGAACUGAACAAAUGGGAUCUGUGGGAUCGUUUCCAGGAUAUUUUCAAGCAUAUUUAUUCCUACCAGUUCAUACCUGAUACGGAAGAUUGGCAACUAGAGCAAAAUAUGGAAAUUGAAGAAAUGGAUCGGGAAAAGCCGAGCUUUAGUGAAGACGUAAAGGAAGAAGAAAGCAAAGUAGGAGCAUGA